AUGAGGAGCAAUUCAUCACAUCUACCUACGUGUUAUGAUCACCACACAUUUUUUGAUGGGGCUGAAAAUGCCUUCCUUGUUGCUAGAUCAACAUUCCAAUUGACUCCUGGAUUGUUCCAUCAACCACGGUUCUUCGUGUGGCUCCCGCACCUGCUCGUUGAUCGCAUCCCCUGCCCUUCGUGUCUUAAAGCUGGCCGUCAAGUCACUCGUGGCUCUCGUGUAUACCUUCAGAAGCAUGGUUUCGCUAAUCAACCACGACGAGUGGUUGACAUUGACCGCAACAUUUUCAUCGUUGGUUACCGUUAUGUGUGCGGUCACAAAGACUGUCGAAAAAGUUUCCAAAGCUGGAGUCCAUCAAUCAUCCACCUUCUCCCUGCUCCCAUUGCAGAUCAAUUCGUGUUCCGUCUCACGCACCGCAGUGGGCUCUCAAACUGUCUCGCUAUGUUGCUACGCGAAUCAUUUCGGUCAGGAGUCGGGCCAGACCAAUUCACAACUAUGAUUGAAUCCUUUCACUACCGACACUUCAAUCAUCUUCACUGUCAAUUCCUCGAAAUGGUGUCCAAUCGAAGCAGUCAUGGCUCACUAUCUAGCUGCUGGACUGCUACCAGUCCAUUUGGAGAUUUCGGAGCCCAAGAUGGGUACGCUGGAUAUGUUCUGCAUGCUCCAUACUUCGCACGGUUCUAUGACAUGCUUGUCGAGGAGUCAGCACCUGCUGCAAGGCAGCUCAUAGCAUCACUGCCUGCAGAUAUUAUUAAGCAGGACCACAGCUUCAAGGCAAUUAAACAUUUGGGCAAAACUGAUGGUGUGCCCACCUUCAACGCUCUGUUCAUGACAGUGAAUCAGUAUAGCGAGAUCAGGUCCAUGAACUUCACACCGUCAAAGGGCCAGGACGGGUGGGCACCUGUCCUUUCUGCCAUGCUACCCUCGCUAGCAAGCUUUGGCCAUAGCCCACCAAAAAUUGUGUUCACAGACAAUAUUCGAGCCGAUAAAGACAAGCUGCUAUCAAUCUUUCCAUCUCUAUCAGCCAACGUGACUCCUGUGCAGCUGCCGAGUGCCCAGGACCUUCUGCUAUUUCCAGAGGAUUGGUCAUAUGUGCCACUGACUACGACGUACCAAGUCAAUCAUCGAUUUAAUAUCAUUAUGAAUCAGCACACCCCCACCACACCCAUUGUAGCUAUGUUUUCAAUCAAGUGGCCCAUCAAUGCUGCGACGGGCGAAAUGAAGUUGUUCAUGCAGGAUGGAUUUAUCAGCCUCCCGCACUCGCUGCUUACAUUCAUUCAGUCAAGGGCCUAUUGCAAGGUGGGCAUCAAUGUCACAUCAAACCUUCAACGGCUACAUGCAGACUGCAUCCCUGCCUCUCGGCUCACACCCUUUGCUGGUCAACUUGAUGUUGGUCAAAUGGCAAGUGAGCGAAAUGCUGCCCAUAUAGGCAACACGAGCAUGACAACUCUGUGCACCAAUGUUCUUCGCAAGCAUGUCACCCAAGACCCAAUGAUAUGUAUCAGCCCCUUGUGGGGUAUUUCCGAACUCCCCCCAUCUUUCAUUCAGCAUGCUGCCCUUGACAUUUAUGCUACAUGGUCAAUUUAUCAUGCUCUAACAGCCAUCGAAGCUCCACAGAAGGUCACCUUCUCGACACCAGGUGGGACUGCAGUCACAAUGUAUGCUCCUGACGGGAGGACCAUAGCCCAGGGUGUCAUCGCACCUGAUCGUCUGGCAUCGUUUGGUGGUGUCAAUGUCACGAAGACUCGAGUUAUCAUGGUUGUCCAUGAAGUUCUGGUUCCUGCUUACUUGAUAUCAGGCAGCCUUCUCUCGUCACGUACUCCUACUCCAUUAUCUGCCUUCGGUCACCCCCCCUUCUCGAUUCUUUCUCAGGCCAAUCAUCUGCAAACAUCCAUAGCUGCUCCACUAAUGGACUUGGAGGCUGCUUCCGGAUUUUCAGAAGACCAACACUUGAUGUCUUCCAUGAGUACACUCCCGGCUAACUCGGACUCGAGCAAUGAUGUCAAUUUUCCCUCACCAUUCGAGACAGUCCCAGAACUCGAUGAGCCUGACUCAGAGGCAAUACCGGAACAGACUGUUGGCAGUUCAUCUGUUGACGAGACUGCCCUCCAAGCAAUCUCUCAGCUUCUCGUUGACAUUGUGAAAUUCUCACCACAGUGCUUUGAUUUGAUUUGA